AGUGGACAACGAGGUCCGAUUCGGGCCGCGAGAUGGGGGUCGUAUAAAUCGGGCACUCUGUUCGCCCGCAAUCGCUGCAGAAGGCGAGGAAGAAUCAGAGGCCCGAGCAAUCGAGCAACGACGAUCUGCAGCGAAGAAGCGGACGAUCGAUUCUCGAAUUGGAGCGCGCGAGAUUCGCGAUGGCCGGCUUGGCAGAGUCGUUGGUGGGCUCGUCGUCGUCGCUCGGAGGAUUGUGCCGUGUACAGAAAUUGGAAGAGUUCAGAGAUUCGAGACUCGGAUGCGCGAAAUUCGGUGAUAAUGCAGGCCCCGGGUGUAGCUCGAGGAAAGGAGUCAGAGACUUUAGAAUCAGGAACGCCAUCGGUAAUGGGGGUGACGGGAAUUCUAGGAUGGUACCCAUCGAAGAAGCUAUCAAGCGCACGGCGAGAACCAGCAGCUUUGUCAGCUCCAGCAGCUCGUCCGCAAACGGCUUACCCUUAUCAGCACUAAAUGGAGUGGAAAAGAGUAGAAAAGAGAAAUUUAGGGAGACUCUACUGCCAGACAGGCCUGGCCCCGACGCCUUCAGCGUACAGUCCAGCAGACCCUCAGCCGGAAACGGUGCAGCAAAUGUUACUACUCGAAGAGCAGCAGCUAAUGGAGCUGUCUUACUUCGCGAAACUGACUCACCUGCAGAGCGAUUGAACGGGAGAAGCACCACGGCAAUCACUCAAGUCCCAAGCAGAACUAGAAUUACGAGGCGGCCUCCUGUAGAGCUGCCUGUGAUCGAUUCAGACUUGCGAAUCCUACCAUCUGAUGAAGGCUUUAGCUGGGCCAAGGAUAAUUACAGUCCUGUACAGAGGACCAUCGAUAUCUGGAGCUUUGUUCUCCAGCUGAGAGCCCGAGUUUUUCUGCUCGACGCCAAGUGGACCUACAUCGGUGGUUUCAAUGAGGAGAGACAGAAAGCAAGGAGACGAGCAACAGCGUCGUGGGUGCGAGAAUGUAUCUUACAGCUUGGGCCCACAUUUAUUAAACUUGGCCAGCUCUCAUCAACGAGAUCUGAUCUUUUCCCCGCCGAAUUUGUGGAGGAACUCGCUAAACUACAGGAUCGAGUUCCAGCAUUUUCACCAGAGAAGGCGAUGGCUCUUAUAGAGAAGGAGUUGGGUUCCCCGGUUGAUGAACUUUUUAUGCAAUUUGAGAGACAACCGAUCGCAGCUGCCAGCCUUGGACAGGUACACAGGGCUAUACUGUUUAAUGGAGAGAAAGUUGCUGUAAAAGUUCAGAGACCUGGACUGAAGGAGCUGUUCGAUAUUGAUCUCGAUAAUUUGAAACGAAUAGCAGAAUACUUUCAGAAUAGCGAAUCGAUGGGUGGACCUACUCGCGAUUGGCUUGGGAUAUACGAGGAAUGCAAAACAAUAUUGUACGAGGAGAUCGAUUACCUCAAUGAAGGAAGAAAUGCCGACAGGUUUAGGAGAGACUUUAGAAACAUAAAAUGGGCUCGUGUUCCGCAAAUUUACUGGGACUAUGCUUCACGAAAGGUCUUGACCCUAGAGUAUGUUCCAGGUAUCAAGAUAAAUGAAGUGGCCAAGCUUGAUGCCGGUGGUUUUGACAGACGACGAAUUGCUCGUCUAGCUAUAGAGGCCUACCUUAUACAAAUCCUGAAGACUGGUUUCUUCCAUGCCGAUCCACAUCCCGGAAAUCUAGCUGUCGAUACGGAUGGUUCUCUUAUUUACUACGAUUUCGGGAUGAUGGGUGACAUCAAGUCUUUCACAAGGGAGAAGCUACUGGAGAUGUUUUACGCAGUCUACGAGAAAGAUGCCCAAAAGGUUAUCAACGCCUUGAUAGAUUUGGGGGCUUUACUACCAACUGGAGACAUGGGACCUGUGCGGAAGACGGUGAAGUUCUUCCUCGAUAACUUGAUGAACCAAAAACCUGAUCAGGCUAGCACAUUCUCAGCUAUCGGCGAGGAUCUGUUUGCCAUUGCAAUCGACCAACCUUUCCGCUUUCCUGCCACCUUCACGUUCGUUCUGCGUGCCUUUUCUACAUUAGAAGGCAUAGGAACCAUUCUUGAUCCAGACUUGUCCUUUGCGAAGAUUGCUGCACCUUAUGCACAGGAGUUGCUGGACGUUCGAGACAAACAGAGUGAUGGACGCUACAUCGUUCAAGAGCUGCAGCGACAGGCAACCGAUGCCAGAGAUGCAGCAGUGGCCAUGCCUUUAAGAAUUCAACGUAUGGAUGAAAUCAUUCAGAAGCUCGAAGCUGGGGACUUCAAGCUUCGUGUCCGAGUGUUGGAGGCCGAGAGGGCUGCCAGAAGAGCAUCGAUCCAGCAAUCUGCCACCAUGAAUGUGGUGGUUGCCGCAUGUCUUGCAAAUAUCGGAGUUAACCUCAUGCUCGCCGAAGGAAUGACACCGAUCGCGCUGUCGCCAUUCGUGGGCACUGGUAUCUUCCUGGUGCUGGUUCUCAACAGUAUGAGAAGGUUGAAGAACUUGGACAAGUUCGAGAAGAUGUUGUAGUUUAAUCUAGCAAUGACAACAGUGUAGAAUGUACAGAUUUAGGCCAUUCGUCCCACCAUUGUGGGGGUGUAUUUCAAGAGUAAAGCGCUGGACGCAGUGUCCGUGGGAGAAAAAAUUAAUUCGUUUCGAAGGAUGUCACACGAGCGAGCGACACACAGCUGCGUAGCCUUGGCACCGGAAGUAGGUGAGAGGGAGUCGGGGGUGGCGGAGGUUCAUUAUUUCGUCGACACUCAUAUACGCCCACCUUUCUUACUUGAGAACGUGAUUCUAGGGAGUACAGUUUUGCAGGACAAACUAUUCCUCGAAGCCGAUGCAAUCUUUUGUUGGUGAAUCGUAAAUCUACUUAUGCCCUUUGCGAAUCGAGUGUGCCCCACCACGCUGCGUGCACAUUAGCACGUAGAUACGUACAUCUGGAAUAAAUUUUGUCUUCUCGUCAAGAUUUUUCCACUACGGCGUACAUGGUACCCACUCUCUACCAAUCAGCUCUUAAAUGUGUGCUCUCUGUGACCGGUGCCCUCCCUGACCCCCGUCCUCUUUCUCUCUCUCUCUCUCUUCCCUCACACUUUACCUUCACGUGAAGAAACUCAACAAGCAGUUACAAAAUCUGCGCUCUCCUAUGUGACUGGUGCACUCCCUGACUCCCUUCCAGUCUCGCUUUCUCUCUGCCACCAUCUCUCCCAGCCUUGAACUUACAGUAAAAGAAUUUGAGCAAGAAGAGCAAAUCUUCCACCGACAUCGUUGACACGCAUUACGAACCUCUAAGACUCGGUCCCGGAUCUCUGCAUGAAGUUACUGCGAACUGCAGGAGGAGAAAGGACAAGUCGAGGACCGAAAUUCGGCCUCUACCUGCCUGCAGAAUCACGAAUUUAGCCCUGGCGACUAAAAGUGGUCAAAGCACACACAACUGUUGUCACGCCGCUCUUGUAAGCGCUCUCACCGCAGCAGCAGAGCCGAAGAGGUCAAAGCGUGCAGAACUCUCCAAAUCACAGCUCACUAAUGGCGUCCAGGCCACUCUCGCCCGGAAAGACAGAGAGUUAACGAGACGAAAACUCGCUGCAGCAUAGACUAGCUAGCCAGCGGCCGGAUUGUUGACGCCACACGUGGUCGAAUUCAGCCUCGGCUCACAACAGGUCUACGAGCUCCCGGCAAGUCUCCUCGUAGCCCUUGUCUGUUGUAGACAUUAAUCUUUCCUACGGUCUGGCCACUGGCUAGCAGCAAGAGAAAUGUACGGUUUUGUCAUGGAGGAGCAGAUAGAUCCACUCGCUGCGUGUUUGUAUGUACUCUUGGGUUUUGGUUGUUGUUGUUUUAAGUAAGAGAAGGG